UGGGUGAGUGGAAUUGAUCAUUUCCCUGUCUCAGCCAAUUCCAAAGCAUCCUAGUGCUUUCUUCUUCUUCUGUUUGUUGAAACUUGAAACCUCAUGGACCAGACAAGAAAUUUUCUAAGUGCCAUUUCACUUGGCUACUUCAUUCUUUCUGAGAUAAAUGGAGAAUCUGAAUAUGGUGUUAAGCUCCUCCUCCUCUUCUUCUUCUCCUAAAUGGGUUUUGGGUUAUUCUACCUCUCUCAAAAACCCUACUGCUACUCGUCAUUUCACAGCCCUUCCCUUCUCUUUUCGGAAUUACAGGAUUGUGCCGCAUAGCUCCAGUGUUUACAUCUCUGCCCUUGCCCACUCUCGGGCUUCCACCGGCUCUCGAAGUGUUUCCCACGAUAGGAGAUUAGGUGCUGAAGAUUUCGCUAGCAUUUCUUCAUUGACAGGUCAGCAGACGUCUUCUGUUGGAGUUAACCCACAGCCACUGCCACCUCCGUCUUCACAAUUUUAUCAUACUAGAUUCAUUUCUGUUUCAGAAUUAAGUGAAGCUUCUGGCAAGUUAGGUUGUCCUAAAUAUGCCAUGCAGCAAGCUUUCAAAACUAUGAUGAACCAGACGAAUACACAAAAUAAUCAAUUCACUAAUCCUGCCUUUUUUCCAUCUCCAAUACCUCCUGCGUCAGGACCUAGUAGCUCACCUUCAUAUCCAACACCAUCAACAUCUGGCACUGCUUCGUCCCCUUCAUACUCAACAUCAUCAGGAUCCUUGGGUUCUUCCUCACCACCUCCAGUUGCAUCUCAAUCUGCAGUCACAGUAGAUGUUCCUGUAGAAGCAACAAAAGUCACAGAUGCUAAGGAUGAAACCAAGAUAAAGAAGGAAACUAAGAAAUAUGCUUUUGUACAUGUCUCUUCUGAAGAAACAUUUCCAAAGAGUCCUUUUACAAGUGAUGAAGACAUUUCAGUGACAAUCUCAUCCAAGGAUGCUCAGUUUGCCAAAGAAGUUUCUCAAAAUGGAGGUGCUUCUAACCAGGGUUCCAGUUUUUCUGAUGGUUCUCAAUCUACUCAUAAGGAAAACUUCAACUGCAACUUCUUUGUCAUUCUCACUACAUCUCAUGCUCUUUGGUUCUAUAUGUUAUUGAAGAAAUUUAGUUGUUCAGGACUUCCAGGAGUCCAUAUUUGUUCAUGGAUUGGUAAAGCAGGUCCUCGCUUAUCCGUGCAAGCUCUGGAGAAAAUGAUGGAAGAUCCAACAGUUCAGAAGAUGGUUUAUCCAUAUUUACCGGAGGAGAUGAGGAACCCUGCUACUUUCAAAUGGAUGCUGCAAAAUCCACAAAACCGUCAACAACAGGAAGAAAUGCUGAAUAAUAUGAGUGGAAGUGGUGAAUGGGAUAACCGGAUGAUGGAAUCCUUGAAAAAUUUUGAUCUCAACAGUCCUGAGGUUAAGCAGCAAUUUGUUUUGCAGUGUUCACAGAAUCCGCUUAGUAUAGCCAAAUAUCAGAAUGACAAGGAGGUUAUGGAUGUCUUCAACAAAAUAUCAGAACUCUUCCCGGGAGUGACAGGUUCUUAGUCUCAUAACUCGUGCAAAACUGCUGUUCUACGCUGGUGGAUUUGCAGCUGGUGAACAAAGGGCAAUAGCGCCUGCUGGUUUUUCCAUUUCUAAUUUGAAAAAUGUUCAAAAUUUUGGAUAUUGUCUCCUCCCACCUUUUUUUAACUUUUGUGCAAAUAGAACAUAGGUUCAGUUUAAAUUGGAAAAAGCCUUUGGGAUGUUCUUGUAAAUCGUUAGCAUUUGUUUUAUGCAAGAAUUUCUCUCUAAAUAAGCACACCUUCAAUUUUAGAUCAUUUUGAUUUCA